CGCGAUCUUGUGCACACGUGAAUGCACAUCCUGAAGAAAGCGUACCUGUGAUUGGUUAGAAUCGUUAGAAUGAACUAUGCUAAAAAGGAUAUCUUCGCCGAUCACAGAUGCAAGCAGCUUCUUGAAGAAGAAUGCAUCAAAAAUGGCAAAGGAAUGAAUAUUCAUCGAUGUCCACCGAUCUAUGAGAAUCUACUCUGCUCGUCGCAAACCGAUGUGUCAGGAAUUCCGAGCCUGCCCUGUCCACCUGUCUCGAUUUUGCAAUUUACCGAUCUGAUGAGUGAGAAUCUGAAAGCAAUUAUGAUUACCGUCAAGAAAUAUUUGCUGAACGACGUCGUUUGUGAAACUACGAACUUCGAUCUGUGUUAUUUGAAUGAAUUACGUCACAUCAUCGACGGUACUGAGAAUAAUGGUACGCAAUGGUACGAAAUAAUGGAGGAUAUGUCCCUGCUUAAAUGGUCGCCACAUAUUAGGAUAGCAUCGCAAAUUGGAUGUGUCAUUUCGUUAAUUACUCUUAUUAUUGCUAUGAUAGUCUUGUGCUCGCUUGGGAAACUCAGGAAUCCCAGAAGAAAACUGAACAUGCACCUAUUUGUGUCUUUUAUGAUGAAAACUUUGAUGACCAUUUUAAAGGAUUGGAUUUUUAUUGAUGAACUUGGAAUGGCUUGGGACGUCAUCUUUGCCAACGAAUACAGUGCUGUUAUCCACAAACGCAAUAUGGUGAUCACUAAGAUUUUCACAAGUUUGUGGCAAUAUUUCAACGUGGCAAGUUACUUCUGGAUCUCGAUACAGGGGUUGUAUCUAUAUAAACUAAUUUUCAAUACACUAUAUGUCGACACGAGUAAAAUAAUUCAGUAUAUCAAAUUAGGCUGGGGGCUUCCCGUCUUAGUACUAGCAAUAUGGAUCAUAGUACAGACAAAUGUUAAAAACAAUUUCUGUUGGGCUACCCUUUGGCCAAUUACCCGUAUAGGAUUCCUUGUUAUAAAUAUAUCAAUCAUCGUAUUAAUUGUGUAUAAUUUCAUGUUGUUCCUCGCUUUCGUUCUGCUUGUAAAUCUGAAGACAUCAGUGCAUCUGCAAUGGAAAAAGAUGAAAUACAAAGCAUGGGCAAAAGCGACUAUGGUUGUGAUACUACUUUUUGGAAUACACUAUACUUGCUUCUUGGUAUUAUCUUUCUCUCAAGGUGUCAGAGGCAAAAAUAUCUGGUUAUUCUUUUGCGAUCAGCUAUUUACGUCCUAUCAGGGUGCUCUCGUGUCUUUACUGUAUUGUCUGCUAAACAGCGAAGUCGUAGCGGAAAUGCUACGAGCAUGGAGGACUCGACGAUCAAAGAAGAAGGUCGAUUUAUUGAAUGUAUUCGUACUUGGCCAUCGAGAAUUACCAAACAAUUUAAAGGAUGAAAUCAACCGAAAGCAGUAUCGAUCGGAAGGGAUGUUGCCGUUGUUUCUUUCUACCAUCUCGUCGAAGCUAAGAAGCUCGAGAUAUUGCCAGAAGCAAUCUCAUUGCCGCGAAUGAGUUUAACAAUCAAGGUCGAUCUAAUCGCGAUCCAGAUUCAAUAAACAAACGAGCCAGUUUGCA